AAUUCACAACCGAGACGAUGCUGGUUUCUCGCCUCAAGCACAUCUCUGCCGUGGCGGCGGCGGUGCGGCCUUCCUCCAAGCGCGUCUUGCGUGCGUCCAUGGGUAUCAACGCAGUCUCAGUUCAACACAUGGCUCGCGGCGUCGUCAGCUUUGGCACUCGCUCGAUGGCCUUUCACACUUCUCGCAGUGUCCUCAAAGUCAUUGAUAGCGACCACAACGAUGAAGUCACCAAGGAUAACAACGAGCACGACGAAGACUGCACUGCAGAGAAGCAGAUGACGGACGAAGGAGAUGACGAAGACGCAGAAGAAGACGAAGGUGUGCCGUCUGAGUCCUACACUGGCGUGACCUUUCACACCUCGCGCAUCAAAAAGUGGAGUGCCAGCGUUACGGUGGGCAACAUCGAAGUGGACGCUGGUCAAUUUUGGACGGAAGAAGAUGCCGCCAAGGGCUACGACGAGCUCGUCCGCAUGUACUUGGAGCCCGGCGCCCCUCUGAACUUCCCCGACGGCCAACAUGACGACGACGAGGACGCCUCGUACAACCUCGCAUCGACAGUGCCGCAUGCCGCGACUUCGCACGACUGGACGCUGCCGGACGCCGGUUCUCGCCAUGCUGACAUAAUUCCGCCCAUCCCAAAGACGUACUUGACCAUGGACGAACUCUUGCCAGCCCUCGAACGUGAGCAGGCGAUCGACGUGUACACGAUCGAUUUGGCCGGCAAGUCGAGCUUGGCGUCGCACAUGGUGUUUUGCACGGGGCGAUCACGGAACCACAUGCGUCGGAUGGCAGACAUGGUGAUCCUGUCGAUGAAAGCGCGCAACAUGGACGACGACUUUGGGUACGUCGUCGAAGGCCGCGACUGCGACGACUGGAUGAUUGCCGACGUCAACAACAUCGUGGUUCACUUUAUGACGGCCGAGACGCGAAAGAUGCUCGCGCUUGAAGACCAUUGGGAAAACAUGGUGAACGACAAGCAUCGCCUGUACGGCCACCUGUCUGAAGACGAAUACAUGGACAAGUACGGGAUGUCGACCUUGUUGACCGAAGACGACUUUUUGCACGAAGACAGCAUCGACCACACCGUGUGGAAGUAAGGACGUUGUUAAGUCUCUUCAACGCGGUUCUAUUGUUGGCGGGA